GUUCUAAAUAGUGAUCUGAUUCGAGUCGACUCCGUGCACCCUUAACUGUCAAUCAGGCUCCGUUGGCCCAAUCAUCGAUCUGCGUGGCUCUCACAGGUAAACCCCAGAGUAAUGAGCAGUUUAGUUUCAACAGACUGAGCAAGACCACAUACAAAAAGGUGAAAGAAAGGACUUCUAAAACAAAAAGGAAUUGAAACGGUGAAGAUCUAGUGAUUUGUUUUAUGUUUGGAUUUACCAUUAUCAUCAGCCCUAUGUGAUUUAUUGUUAAAUGUGGAUGUUAUAAAUGUGAACAAGAGAAGAUAUUUUUUUGUGUGGAUUACUUGAUUAUGAUACAAGUCACAGUGAAAUGUCAUGUAGAAUUCAUCACAUCGCCUGGAUAACGCUCGUCAUUCUGUCCAGUCUUCAAGAUGUUCUGGGCCUAGCAUGGGUGCAGAAGCCCUCUGACACCACCUCUGUUAUUGGAGGAGACGCAGCCUUCAACUGUGACUACACGGGGGCUAACCUGGCAACAUGGGCCGGACCCCAGGGCUCAUUGUUUGUAAACAAUAUUUCUAUGGCUACAGACAACCGCUUCUCCAUUCGAGGACUCUUCAAUCUUCAUAUUAGCAAUGUCAAGAAACAAGAUCAGGGGGAGUACACAUGUACGGUACAGGGACUGCCACCAGAGAAGGGAUAUCUCAAUGUCUACAUUCCUCCCCACAAUAUAUCAGUCAUUACAAAUGACACCAGACCCUCCCAGGUUGAAGGAGACUUUGUUUCCCUGACCUGUUCCUCCAUUGGAAACCCCCCUCCAGAAAUAACCUGGUUUCGCGAGGACUCCCAGCUUACAGACAGUGCUACGAUUCAGAUCAUCCAGAAACCUUCCAUAGGACACGGAAACAUUGAGACUCUGGUCACCAGUCAGCUGAUCAUCAAAUUACAGUAUACUGAUCAUAAUAAAAACUUCUACUGUUCUGCCAAGAAUGAUGUGAACCUGAAUAAUCCUAGCAAAGUUCCUUUCCUUGUACAAGUGCAAUAUAAACCCAGAAUCACACUGGAGCCCUCUCCUCUAAACAUCCUCCUAGGAUCCUCCAGUCAGCUGAGGUGCAUCGUCAGUGCUAACCCCCAGGUCACCAGAGUCAGGUGGCAGAAAGAUACCCAGGUGUUGCAGGAUACUGAGGCAGUGCUACUAUUUUCGAGUGUUGAUAGAACUGCAGCAGGACAAUAUACAUGUUCUGCUUCCAACACUAUCAAUGGCCAAGUCCAGACAGACAGCAAAAGUACAUCUGUUCAAGUUAUAUAUCCACCCAUAAUCACUGUACCAGCUACAGCAGUGGUCAAUGACUCGGGGGUACUGCACCUCCACUGUGCCGUGGAUGCCAACCCCCCACCCCUGUCUGUCAAAUGGAGGAAGCUGGACAGUUCCCGCGAGUCCACGUCGGCCAAUUUCACGGCCUCCCCCGUCACCAGGGACUAUGAAGGAAACUACACCUGUAUUGUGAUGUAUCGACUAGAGCCAUCUGGGCAAUCAGUUGAACAAAGUCAGAAAUUCGCCUAUACCUAUGUUUAUGUCCAGUAUGCUCCUGGAUAUUCCUCAAUCAAAGCUGUCUCAAGUUCUGUGAGCAUAGGAGAAACCAUUUCUCUCACCUGCUCUGUCUCUGAACCAGGAUAUCCACUUCCCAAAUAUGAAUGGAGAAAGAUAGAUACCAAUCGAGUUUUAUCAAGCCAAGGAUCCACACUGACCAUUCAGUCGGCUGGACUUGCUGACAAUGGACAGUACGCCUGUACUCCCUAUAAUGUAAUGGGCAGAGGAGGCACAGCCACAAUCAUAGUGGAAGUACUAGAGUCACCUAGCUUUGUGGAGUCUCCACCCACUAGUGCAACCAUCACUUCUAACCAAUCCAUGUAUUCCGUCCUAUGUAAGGUUCGAGGCCUUCCUAAGCCAAAGUUGGAAUGGCUGAAAAAUGGUCAGGUCAUCCAGAGUGGACCAAUGUACAACAUAACAGAAGAGGUCACCUCUGUAGAAACCUACAGUAAAUUAGUCAGCUCCAGACUUCAUUUCGCAGGUACUGGGCGACAAGGUUUGAUGAUUGAUGAUAUAGCUAAUUUUACUUGUCGGGAAGUAUCGGGAGGUGAACAGCACAAUUUAGAGCUUUAUAUCAUGUUUAAACCAUCAGUAGACGCUGAUGAGAAGGUAGCCACCACGGUGAAUCAUUCCACCACCAUGACCUGUAGGGGUAAAGGUUUUCCUGUGCCUACAUUUGAAUGGUUUAGAGACAAUAAAAUCAUCCAAUCAGAAUCCCGGUUUACAGUAGAACCCACCAUUCAGCUGAGUGCCACCGAGGCUAGCAGCUCUUUGUCCAUCAGAGAUGUGGUGGCCGGUGAUUUUGGGGAAUAUGUGUGCAUUGGUCAGAAUUCUAAUGGUCAAGCUCACAAAACAGUGCGUUUAACUGUGAAAAAUCGCCCUGAAGCUCCCUACAACCUGUCUGUGAUAUCCUACACCUGGGAGUCGGUCUAUCUGCGCUGGACCCCUGGGUUUAAUGGUGGGGAGCCCCAGUCUUUUCACAUUCACUUCACCAGUAGUGUUCCUCCCAUCUACACAGGAGAUAUAAUAGUCUCACCCCCAGAUGCCACUCAGCAUAACAUCACUGAUUUGCUGCCUGGAGUAGCAUACCAGUUUUAUGUGUAUGGCAAAAAUUCUCUUGGAAAGGGAAACAACUCUCAAAAAAUAAUUAUCAAGACCAAAGAUUUUGCAUUUCCAUUAGUUAAUAACAUACCAGACUACUCAGCUGAAAACAAAAGAUUAAUGAUACCAUUUACAUUAAAUUCCACAUACUGUGUCAAAGUGAAGAUAAGUGUUAACGGUGGUAGCACCUGGCAGACCAUUCCGAUGAGUGGGAGGGAGUGCUUCCCCGCCACGGAGGAUACCAGAGAACUGAGUCUGCAGAGUGAUAGCAUCAACCGCCUCAAUGUGUCCAUCUGUCUGUCUGUCAGACCGGAUAUCUGUGGGGUUCAUCUGGCCGCACUGAUUAGUGACAACCCAAAAUAUGGUUUCCAAA